AUGGGUGUUGAUGAAACAGAAUUCAGAAACUUUAUUGUUUGGCUUGAAGACCAGAAAAUCAGACACUACAAGAUUGAAGACCGAGGGAAUUUAAGGAACAUACACAGUGAUGACUGGCCCAAGUCAUUUGAAAAGUACAUGAAGGAUGUAAAUUGUCCUUUCAAAAUCCAAGAAAGACAAGAAACAGUGGAUUGGCUUCUGGGCUUGGCAGUGAGGCUGGAGUAUGGAGACAACGCUGAUAAGUAUAAGGAUUCUACCCCCGAUGGUGCUAAGAAUGCUGACAACACAGCAAAAAAUGCAGAACCCCUGAUUAAUUUGGAUGUGAAUAAUCCUGAUUUCAAGGCUGGAGUGAUGGCUUUAGCUAAUCUGCUUCAGAUUCAGAGACACGACGAUUACUUGGUAAUGCUUAAGGCAAUCCGCAUUUUGGUUCAGGAGCGCUUGACGCAGGACGCCAUCGCCAAGGCCAGCCAGUCCAAGGAGGGUUUGCCUGUAGCUUUAGAAAAGCACAUUCUUGGUUUUGACACAGGAGAUGCUGUUCUCAAUGAAGCUGCCCAGAUCCUCCGCCUGCUGCAUAUAGAGGAGCUCCGAGAGCUGCAGACAAAAAUUAAUGAAGCCAUUGUGGCAGUUCAGGCCAUUAUUGCUGAUCCCAAGACUGACCACAGAUUGGGAAAAGUUGGGAGAUGAGCAGAUUAAAGCAUUUAGUCUCUUGUGUACUUAGUACAAUUAGGAACUAUGUACAACCGUGCACAAGUCUGGCAUGCAAUGUGAAAUUGUCUUCUUUUACUGUUUUGAAAGAAAACAGGAAACUGAAUUCUGACUCCUAAUUAAUUAUCUUUUUUUUUUUUUCCUUUAAAUAAAUGAAGUUGGGGAAAA